CUGCUGGCCGUGGUGGGCCCCAGCGGCGCCGGCAAGUCCACCCUCCUCGACAUCCUGUCGGCCCGCACCCUCCCCUCCCACGGCCUCCUCCUCCUCAACUCCCUCCCCCUCCACCCCGCCUCCUUCCGCAAGCUCUCCGCCCACGUCCCCCAGCUCGACUCCUCCCUCCCGCUCCUCACCGUCUCCGAGACCUUCGCCUUCGCCUCCUCCCUCCUCUCGCCCCGCAACAAAUCCACCACCGCGGCUGACGCGGUCGCCUCCCUCCUCUGCGACCUCCGCCUCUCCCACGCCGCCCACACCCGCGUCUCCAUCGGGCUCGCGCUGCUCCGCGACCCCGGGGUGCUCCUCCUCGACGAGCCCACCUCGGGGCUCGACUCCUCCUCCGCCCACCUCGUCCUCCAGACCCUCCGCGCCGCCGCCGCCGCGCGCGCCGCCGCCGUGGUGCUCUCCAUCCACCAGCCCAGCUCCCGCCUCCUCUCCUCCGUCGACUCCCUCCUCCUCCUCUCCAAGGGCUCCGUCGUCCACUUCGGCUCCCUCGCCUCCCUCGACGCCCACCUCCUCUCCCUCGGCCUCUCCGUCCCCGCCCAGCUCAACCCCCUCGAGUACGCCAUGGAGCUGCUCCACCAGCUCCCCCACCCCAAGCCUACCACCCCUUCCGUCUCCCUCCCCCGCAAGCAGGAGGAGACCAAACCGGCCUCGCCGUGGGAGACCCCCGCCUACUCGAGCUCCCGCGCCGGCGAGAUCGGGGCCCUCUACGGCCGCUCGUGGAAGGUGGUGUACCGCACGAAGCAGCUCCUCCUCACCAACUUCCUGGAGGCGCUCCUCGUGGGCCUCCUCCUCGGCACCCUCUACAUCAACGCGGGCUACGGCGAGGACGGCGCGCGCAAGCGCCUCGGCCUCUUCGCCUUCACCCUCACCUUCCUCCUCUCCGCCACCACGGAGACCCUCCCCAUCUUCGUGUGCGAGCGCCCCAUCCUCAUCCGCGAGGCCUCCUCGGGCCUCUACCGCCUCUCCUCCCACGUCGCCGUCGCCCUCCUCUACUCCGCCACCGUCUACUUCCUCGCCGGCCUCUGCGCCGCCCCCGCCGCGUUCGCCACCUUCGUCCUCAUC